ACCAACCCUCGGCAGUCGGCUGAUAAGUUAUCAGUGCAAAACAUUUCUUCUUGUUCUGUAUUUUCUAUUUGUUUGACUUCGUUCAAUCACAGAAUCGUGGAUCGAGCUGAUGCGAUCCCGUCCUCUUCAGCAAAAGGCUGAGUAGCUCUAAAAACAGAAAUGGCAAGUGAAGAUGACCUUUCAACCCCAAGGGAGAUUGCCGAGGACCGCGAAUUCAAGGUUCCUCAGAGAGCCGUGCGAUCUCCCGAAGACAUGGCUACCUGGGAAAAGUCAGGAGCUUACAAGAUGUAUUUGCAGUUUAUCUUGGAUAUGAACAACACGGUAAAGGGCCGAUCGUGUAUUGCAGCCUACCAGCAGAACCCUAUAUCCGAUGCGAUCUUAACAAUCCUAAACACACUGUUAGAAUGGAUCGAUCAGAUUCCUCCGAUACAGCAGCCUCAACGGUUUGGAAACAAAGCGUUCAAAAUCUGGUUUGAGAAACUUAGAAAGGAAAGCCAUGAGAUGUUUUUGAACCUUUUCCCUGAUAAGUUCCAUGUCGCCAUAGCUGAAAUUCAUGUCUAUUUUGCAGAGAGUUUUGGCAACCCGACAAGAAUCGACUACGGGACCGGCCACGAAAUGGCAUUUUGCAUGUUUCUCUGCUGUAUGUUUAACAUCAACGCUCUGACUGAAAGGGAGAAGCUGGCAGGAGGAUUGAUAAUUUUCACGAAAUAUCUGGACGUUGUGAGGAAACUGCAGACUGUCUACAAAAUGGAACCAGCAGGCUCACGUGGUGUAUGGGCCUUGGACGAUUUCCAAUUUGUACCGUUUAUAUGGGGAUCUGCACAACUAAUAGGCAAUCCUCAUAUUGAGCCAUCGGAUUUUCUCAAAGAAGACAUCAUAAUGAGAUACAGUGAACAUUACAUGUUUCUAAAGUGUAUCAAAUAUAUUAAUGAGAACAAGACUGGUCUUUUUGCAGAGCAUUCUAACCAACUGUGGAACAUAAGUGGAGUCCUCAGCUGGGAAAAAGUGAAUGCCGGGCUAAUAAAAAUGUACAAAGCGGAAGUUCUGGCGAAAUUCCCCGUGAUUCAGCACGUCCUUUUUGGGUCGAUCCUUUCGAUCGAAGUUGCCAGCCCAUACAAUCCGCGGCCUUACCACAGAAUGAUGGAGCACAGGCCGUUGCCGUUGAAACAGUCCGUUGUCUCUUUAAAAGACGCCAAAGAGCCUGAUCUGCCAGUCGAAGAGGGCGAACACGAGAGUGAACACGGAAGUGAAGGUGCCAUCGAGGAGGAAGAAGUCCACCAAGGCAACUCUCUAACUGACUGAGUGUCCUAAUUUGUCGGUAAACUUUCAAAUAUCUUCUGUAAAAAGAUUUUUUUUUUUAAUAAAUCCAUACAAGGCAAUUUAAAAAAUAAGGUUUAUUCAA